GUUCACCCAUCACAGCCUGACGCCUUUGUUGGCCUAUUGUUCCAAUGCAUUCACUUUCGGUUGCCUUGUUCUCGCUUGCUGGUUAGGUAUCCAGCUGACGAAGAACGAUCUAACGUUGGCAGUUGUUUGUGAGCUCGCGGAAGGUGAAGGUCGAUCAGGUCCGCAGUGUCCGGGUCCUGUACUCGAGUGGUUUCUGUGCUGAAGUUUUACCAGGAGUAAGAAACACUCCGAACAGAGUGUAGACACCGAGGAUGGCGAGGGAAGUUUUGCUGCUGAGUCUCUACUUGGCUGUGUUGUGUACGUGGGUAAAUUUCGGUAAUGUUCAGUGUAAGCUAUCCAUUGCGAGAUCUGAAAUUCCCAAUUUGAACUACACGGUCGUUCAACAUCCGGAAGAAGACGAUGGGUGCGAACAAAAUGAGGUCUGUAUGGCGUCAGUCGAGUGCACCUUGGACGCCGAAGUAAAAGCCAAUUUGAAGCCAUGUUCGACGGUCCCCAGCGUCGAUGGCAUUUGCUGCCCGUCCAGCAAGCUCAACGUAACUAGCAGCCAUCACCAGAAACGCUCCAUUCAACAUGCCGCCGAUCGCUUGAUACAAAAUGCCAUUCACGAAGGUCGUCGCGAGUACGACGAGAAGCUUCGCCUUGAAGAUGAAUACCGCGAACUAAUGACUGCCAAGGAUAAACCAGAAGACAUGUUCCACCGUAUGCUUCUCCCCGGCGGUUUGAAGACCAAGCACGUCCUCGAUCCGCAAGAGGAAGCUGAUGUUUACGGACACGUUUUCGCCAGCCGCAAAUACGCCGACUCGACCAAUAUGACUUUGGAGGACCGCCAACGUGACCGGUUUCCGAGGGUACCUAGGGCAAUACAGAAGCGAUGUCUGCCUCCCGUGCCGUGCAAUCCUCAUCGUCGCUACAGAACUAUCAACGGAUCAUGCAACAACCCGUUGCCGGACCGCACCAGCUGGGGUAUGGCGGGUUAUCCGUUUGACCGAGUUCUGUAUCCAGCUUACGAAGAUGGCGUGUGGGCUCCAAGAAUUCAUUCAGUGACCGGAAACCUGCUGCCCAGUGCUCGAGUGAUCUCCGUAGCACUUUUCCCGGAUGCGUAUAGACCGGAUCCAAGAUUGAACAUCUUGUUCAUGCAAAUGGGCCAGUUCGUAUCCCAUGACUUCACCCUUAGCCGUAGUUUUACAACGAAACAUGGUCGUCCCAUCGAGUGCUGCACACAUAAUUGCACGGCCCCUCUGUUUGGACCGCGUCGACACUUUGCGUGCUUCCCAAUCGAAGUUCCUCCAAACGAUCCGUUCUACUCCCGGUUCGGAGUCCGCUGUUUGAACUUGGUCCGCAUUCGGCUAGCUCAUGGACCCAAAUGUCAUCUGGGGUAUGCCAAGCAAGCCGACCUGGUGACUCAUUUCCUCGAUGCGUCCACUGUCUAUGGUUCGACUGAUGAUGUAGCUGCAGAACUUCGAGCUUUCCAUCAGGGUAGACUACGUGACUCGUUCCCGAAUGGAAUUGAAUUGCUUCCAUUCACAAGACACCGUGAAAGGUGUGUUCCAUGGGCUCGGGUAUGCUACGAAGCUGGCGACAUCCGGGUAAACCAGCUACUUGCCCUGACUAUGGUGCAUACGUUGUUUAUGAGGGAACACAACCGACUAGCAUCUGGCUUAAGCCAGGUGAAUCCCCACUGGGACGAUGAACGGCUGUACCAAGAAGCGCGUAGAAUCCUCAUUGCCGAAUACCAGAACGUUAUCUUCAACGAGUUCUUACCAAUCUUGCUUGGUCGCGAGAGGGUACAGCAAUUGGGCUUGGUCGAUCCAUUUGAUACGUACACCAACUACUACGACCCGAAUCUACGCCCGAUGACGUUUGCUGAAGUUGCAGCGGCAGCUCACCGGUACGGACAUUCUCUGGUGGAAGGUUUCUUCAGAUUGCUUUUCCGCGACGAACCACCGAAGGACGUAUUCAUCAAGGAUAUCUUCAACGACCCCUCACUGACCCUCAUUCCGAACAGCUUUGACAUCAUGAUGUUCUCGUUCGGUCAGCAGCCGAUGGAACAAAUGGAUCAUUUUAUCACAACUGGUCUUACGAGGUUCCUCUUCAAGGAGCGCAAACCGUUUGGAUCGGAUCUGGCAUCUAUCAAUAUCCAGCGAGGUCGUGACUUUGCCUUACGCCCAUACAACGAUUACCGCGAAUGGGCCGGACUGGGUCGGAUUACCGAUUUUAGCCAGUUAGGUGAAAUGGGUGCUCUUCUGGCGCGAGUUUAUGAGUCUCCCGACGAUGUUGAUCUAUGGCCAGGUGGUGUGCUGGAAUCUCCAACGGAUGGUGCCGUCAUAGGACCAACAUUCGCCGCGCUGUUAACCGCCGGAUACACUCGUUACAAGCAUGCCGAUCGGUACUAUUUCACCAACGGUCCCGAGGUGAAUCCGGGUGCCUUCACUUUGCAACAACUCGGCGAGAUAAGGCGUACAACGCUGGCCGGUAUUAUUUGCGCCAAUGUGGACCACAAGGAAGAUUUCUACCAAGCCCCUGAAGCUUUUAUGCAAUCCAGCAAGGACAAUGUUCCCGUUCCUUGCACCAACUAUCGCACAGUGAAUCUAGGUCUGUGGCGUGAGGAAGGAUUUUAAAUGUGUUGGCCUUUUCCUGAAAAUGUUCCCAAAAGUGUAACAUUGUCCUAGUAGUGUGUUUUGUUACUGUGUUUAAAAUUUGUAUUUUUGUUGUUUAAAAUUUGUAUUUUU